AUGGCGGGGGUACAAGAGAAGGAGGGGUCGGAUAAGGAGAAGGCGGGGUCUGAUAAGGAAUGGAUCACUCCUUCAAAAACUGGGCGUAGUCCGGGAAAGUUUUCAGAGGGUUUAAAGCCUAGCGCAGGUGCCAUCCUUUCGAAUACAUACUCAGUGCUGGGAGAAGAGGACGGAGUCUUUGAGGAACCAAUGCAGGUGGAGACUGCCUCGAUUCCUUCGACUGUUGUGAUUCCUCCUAAGGAGGUUCCGGACCCUGCAGUGAUGGGGGAAACUUGGGUAAGGGAGAAGAAUGCUAAACGUAUAGGAGAUAAGGUGUUUAAGGAUUGGUCGGUUUUGAUGAAUUAUGAGUUCAACCGACGUGGUCGUUUAUGGAUUGUUUGGAGUAAUAAGGUUCGGAUGACUCCGUUUUAUAAAAGUGAGCAACUGAUCACUUGUUCGAUUAAGUUGGAGGAUCAACCAGAAGAGUUUUUUUGUUCUUUUGUGUAUGCGUUGAACACGGGGGAGCAACACAAAGUCUUAUGGCAGGAGUUGAAAGACCAUGCUGAUUCUCCGAUUAUCAAUUCAAAACCGUUGGUGCUUAUGGGGGAUUUUAAUGAAACCCUCGAUAUGGCCGAACAUUCACGGGUAGCUGACCAUCCCAUGGUUACAAGUGGAAUGAGGGACUUUCAGGAUGUUGUGGGUUAUUGUUCGCUUACUGAUCUUGCCUCUAAUGGUCCGUUAUUUACCUGGUGGAACAAGCAGGACCAGGAUCCUAUCAUGAAGAAGUUGGAUAGGGUGAUGGUAAAUGAUAUGUGGCUGCAACGGUUCCCGCGGGCUUACAAUGUAUUUGAGGCGGGGGGUUGUUCAGAUCAUUUGCGCAGCAAGUUGCAUAUGCAGAGUGAUGACAAUACCAAGAAACAUAGGCCGUUUAAAUUUGCUAAUGUUCUCACGGAGAUGGAUGAGUUUUGGCCUAUGGUUGAUACUUAUUGGCAGACAACACAACCUCUGUUUUUAUCCACCUCAACUCUGUUUCGUUUUCACAAAAAAAUUGAAGGGAUUAAAGCCAUUGGUUCGGCGAUUGGCGAAAGAUAG